CAAUCAGGAACAAUACGCAGAAUGUAGAGCUUCUGCUCAACUUUUUGCGUUGAUUUUUUCUGUUUCAGGAACUCGUGCCUGGCAGAUCCAAUUUUAUUAUUGCUGUUGGACCCAACGAAAGUAACUUGCCACUUCGCUAUUCUGCCUGGCGCAAAAUAGAAAACAAUGGGCAAGCAAAGAGAAUGAAGAAGAGGAGAAGGAGGAGGGGGUGCGAGAUAGGCUUGUCAAAAAGCCUCUGCCACACAAAGUUUCGCUCCUUGGGAUAUAAGAAGACAAGGCACGCUGCAAAUCAUCUGAACAGGAUUGGAAUAGUGUGCAUAUGGAGCGAAAAGAAAAAUAAUUGGCCUGGAUUUUUAUUAAUUUUUGUGCCAAAUGUGAGCACUAUGAUACUAUGCCAGCUGAGGGAAUACAACCAAACAAUCAAGCAGUAUGCCACUUUUUGAAGGCACAAGGCGUUGGCCGCCAGACUUAUAUAAACCAGAUGUUCAGCCGUUUUUCAGUCUUUUUUCUCAUACAAUUUCUGUUAUCUCACUCGCUUUUUCUUUUCUCAAUUAUCUUCAAGACAGCCUAUUCAUUUCCCCAAUGUCAUACUACAACAACAACAGCAACCAGGAACAUCACAACCAGCCCCACCACGGCCAGGGUUUCCACAACCAGCCCCAGGACCAGGAGUUUGGCGAGAGCAACAACUUUGAUGAGGAUGGUGACCGCUCUUUCAAGAGCAAGGCCAACGAGUACUUCCACGACAGCGAUGGCCUUGACAAGUCGCACAUUGCCCUUGCUGGUGCCGGUGCUGUUGCCGCUGGCUUUGCCGGAAAGGCGGCCUACAACUACUUCAACAAGGGUGACGAGCACCACGACCAGUACGCUCAGCAGCAGCAGCAGCAGGGACAGGAGCAGCAGCAGCAGCAGUACUUCGAUGCUCAGGGCCGCCCCAUCUACCAGCUGUACGACUCCAACGGCAAGUUCCUUGACCAGGAUCUGUACGACGCCAAUGGCCGGCCCGUUGGUCACGGUGCUCUUGCCAAGGUGAAGAACUACUUCCAGGACGAGGAUGGUGUUGACAAGUCGCAUAUUGCCCUUGCUGGCGUCGGCGCUCUUGCCGCCGGCCUCAUUGGCAAGAAGCUUUUUGACAAGUACAGCAACAACAACAACUAAAUCUAUAAUGGCUGCAAGCUUGACCUGGAUAAUUUCUAAUCUUAUUUUGUGCUAAAUGUAUUUCGCUUUUUUUCUCUUUUCGCUGCAAACACCACUAUUUUGCAAUAAUAAAUCAGGGAAAGUGCGUUUGAAUGACAAUACAAAAUGAAAAAAAU